GUUGAAAUUACGAACGUGGCUGUCAGCCUAGCUUAACAUUUUGAGAUCUUCAAAGAAGUGUGCAUAUGUAAAAUGAUCCUGACUUUGAAAUUAUUUGUUUUAUACCUCAUCAUUUCAUCAUCGAUCGGUGAAGGCGGGGUAACCAAAAAAACUCUCACUAGUGAGGAAAAGGUGGAAAAGGAGUUGAAACCUAUUGAAGAAAAUUUAAAGUUGAUCAUGGAUCCCAAUACCGGCAAUGAUAAAAAAAUGUAUCUGAAAGGAGAAGUUCAAGGGAUGAUGAAAAAAAUAAUUGAACAAGCACUUAAAGCUGACUCACUGUUGGUAGAACAAGGAGCUCAGGAAUACAAAAAAGAAUUGACUGAUGAGUGGGCUUGGUUUGAACUUAUCAGACAACUAAUAGAAGAUUACGAUGAAAGCAAUUUUCCACAUCCAUGUGAUGAUGAUUUUGAAUCAAAGAAGGUUGAAUGGGAUAAAGCCAGGUUGGCAGGUAAAACUAGUCAUGAGCGGAACGAAGAGGAGCGUUACCAAAAAUUCAAAUAUUAUCUUGAAAAUCCGCCCAAUGAAGCAGUACAAAAACUUCGUAACCGUUUGAAUGAAGCAAAUAUUGCAGUUGAAACGUUCAGUAAAGGAAUUGCAAAGGCAUACCGGUUCAUAUCCGGUAGAAUUCGUGAUGGAUACAUGAAAUGUUUAGGCGCGAAUUGGGAUUCUUUUUAUCAUCAAGAAGACGUAUUAACUGCCGUGGGAAUAUUGUUGGAUGAAAUGGGUAUCUCAAAAAAACUAAUUAAGAAGAUUGAGCAGAAAGCACAGUCAAUCAAAAAAGAAGGUUGACUGGAUGGCACUAAGAUGGAUUGUAAAUAUUUUUAGAAGCGAUUAUAUUUCCUUAAUAUGUAGAAAUAAUACCUAAUGGAUAGGUAAUUGUUUAGAGUAUUUUUGCAUUUUUUGUAAAAUUUGUGUGAAUAGGUUAUUAAAAUGAAGAUACCUACUA